CCUCCAAAGUUGAUCUAUGACCCAAGCCUGGAAUCUUCACGCCUGAAAUUGGGAGAAAACCUCUGUCUAAACCUCAGGGUGGAGGGUCAGCCAAAUCCCAGUCUGGUUUGGAGCCACUUCCCUGAUACUCAGAAGGUAGAACAGGGUCUGCCAGACGUAAUCCAAACGGAAGCAAAGCCGCCGGAGGAUGAUGGUACAUACAAAGCGGCUCUGAAGCUACGCAAGGCGACCAGAGAUUGCACAGGAGUCUAUCGUGUGGUAGCGACCAACUCUCAGGGUCAGGCGGAGGCUAAUUUUAAAGUGACUGUACUUACUGUACCCUCAGAGCCCCUUCAGUUCACAGUCCAACAAGCUUCCAAGGCAUCAGUCAAACUCCGCUGGCUAGAACCUGCAGACAAUGGAGGCAGUCCGCUCGUCUCCUACGCCAUUGAGAGAGCAGAUGCGAGCAACUUGGCCUCAAGCCCGUCCACUGUGACGUAUUGGCAAUCGGUGACUCACAGCCUCAGUGUCUUGGAGGCAAUGUCCGUCUUGGAGGGUGAGGAAAGAUGGGCUGCUUUCGAGGUAUCUCGCCUUCCUUCUGGCAAGUUUAUGUUCUUCCGAGUGGCUGCACAGAACAAGCAAGGUAUUGGUGUAUUCGCCACCUGCGAGAAGCCUGUUUCAAUCGGAUCGCCACAUAGUGAGAGCCUGUAUAUUUCCAUUUUUCAUAAAUGCACUCUAAACAAUCUUCUAGAUGCCCCUGGCGUUCCACGCAAUUUCCAGGGUCAAGUGGAUAAGGAUGGUAGGGUCCAGCUCAAUUGGCAAGCGCCCAGUUUUGACGGUGGCGCGCCUAUUACAAAAUAUGUCGUCGAGAGGGGUCAUCAGGCUGGGCGCUCUGGUGAGUGGACUGAAAUCACACUUCCAGACUCUACCAACACCAACCGUCUGUUGAUCAAUAUGCGAGAGAUCACUUUUCAUAUUUGA